AUCGCCUCUCUCCGGCGCCCAUCCGGCCAAUGGCUCGGCCAGACCCAAGCCGCUGGCCAAUCGGAGCGUGGCAAUUACCAUACCUCGGCACAAGGAGCCAAUCGGAGAGCAGGCACGCUCAAGGUCGCUGGGCUUGGGAAUAUCCGGAGCGGCGGCUGGGCUGCAGCCCCACAAAGCCGGAGGGACGCGGAGGAAGCAUCGCCCGGACCAUGGACGCCCAGAAGCACGUGGCCAACUUCGGCGCGGGACCCGCGAAGCUGCCGCUGGCGGUACGUGCUCCGCGGGGGCUCAAUCCUGCAGGCAAGAUGCGCGCGGGGGGAGGAUUUGCACUGCGCAGCCCGAUCCUAUGCAUGUGCCUUCGGAAGCCCGGGUCGCCGUGGCUGCAGUCCUGUAUUCACGUAACCAUGGCAGCUGGCCAGGCUUGCUUCCGAGUAGGCUUGCGCUGUAAGUUGGAAGUAAACCCCGCUCAACUUAAGGCUGCCCUUCCGAUAACGCGUUGGGGGUGCGCGCUUUUUGGUGCCCUCGGAACGGGGGUAGGAGCUGCGGAUCGUUGAUCAGGGAAGAGACUCCCCGAAUCAGCAUUCCACAAUGCCAAGAGAUAUUGCAAAAGGGGCGUGCUUGUGUUCCCGUCCUCUCUACGCGGUUAUGUGAAAAGAUCAACAGCUAUUACACUGUGGAAGCGAUAUCUCCAAGGGGCAACUUGCAAGUGUUUGCUUUAGGUACAGAGGACAUUCCCGCAUUCUCCCGUCGGAGAGCUGCCUCGAGACGGGUGUUAGCAAGUUGUAACAAAGGAGGGAUUUUGCAUUCGUGGUUAAAGUGGAGCAGAGGGUGAGAAAGGCUGGGGCUUUAAAAAAGUGCUGUACUGGAUUCUUGUCAAGUACGCUAAUUAGCUGGCAAGUUCGCACUAGCUCGCCUCUUCAUAUCUUCGUUUAUCUUCUUGCUGUGCUGGCGUCUUCUAUGCUGGCAGUGAACUAAAGAGCAAUUGUUAACGCCUUGCUCUUUCAGGUACAGUAGUAAAGGGGGGGGGAUGUAUUUUUCAAGGCUGUCCCAGAACAUCUGGCAAUUCCUCCUCCUCUUUUUAACUCCCAAAGCCUUGUAUUGGAAGAGUGGAAAGCGCGUUUUGUCUCUGACUCCCACUCUCUUUAAAAGGACAUAUGUCUGUUUUAAAAUGUCGAACCUAUGCUCCCAGAUCUAUUAUUGGUUACCCAUUUUAACUUCCUAUCGCUCCUAAACAAAUGCUUUGCAUGGCUUUUAUUACAGGAUAACGUUUUGUUGAGUUGUAACACAAGGGCCAUUUCAGGGCUUUUCAGAACAGUACACAUUCUCUUUCUGUGGAGGUGUGUCCCAGCAGCUGUGGAAAAACUACCUAAAUUCCCCCCUUCUUUUCUCCAACAGCUGUGAAAAGGAAUAUAGUUUGCUUGGUUUUUUCCAGUUGAAAAAGCUACUAAUAUCAGAGCUCAUGGAAUAAAAAUGCUUACCCCUUUUGUUUGUGCAUGGGGCUGGAAUUAAAAGAACCCUUUGUUUACCACUGCUGAAUAAAUGCUUUGUGAACAUGUAGGACAGAAAAACAUUUGCAGAUAUCCUAGUUUAAUGUCAGGCAACUGGAGAAAUAGAUUUUAUACAACAUAUGAUAGUAAUAAGCUGACUGUAAACUCAUCUGCUCAGAAAGUUACAUCAGCAUCUGUCUUGAUCCAAUCACAUAUGUUUGGCUCCUUCAGAUAUAAAUUAUUUUUCCAGCUUUACAUAAGAAUUGCAUUCCUAAGCGCUUUAGUUAGUUUAAAGCACUCUUGUGCAUUGUUCUCUUUUGGACCUGGGAAGCUGCAUGGACAUAGCCGGGGGGGGGGGGCGGGCAGCUGCCAUGUCCUAAUCAAGUAAAUCAAUAAAAAUAUUUAACUGAGGUUUUCCCCCCAAAAAACAUAAAUCCUGGCUACACCAAUGGGAAGCUGUGAAGUUGAUGCUACUUUCUAAAAGACUGCUUUAGAAGUCUGCAGCAAACAUUUUCAUUUGAAUUAAUCUUGAUACAUAAUAUUCUGAUAGGGAUGUGAACCUUGUGGUCCUCCAGAUGUUGUGUGAUUCCAACCCUCAUAAGCCCUAGCCUAUAGGGCCAUGGAAGAUGGAAGCUGUAGUCGAACAACAAUUAGAGAACCAGAUUGCCCAUCCCUAAUAACAUGAGUUUGAUGCCGUUUCUAAUCAAACGAUUGUGCAUUAGUGUCUUAUUGUUGUGCUGAAUCUGAUUAAUCAGCUAGAAAGGAGCUUUGAUGUUCCAUAGAACUUGUACCUAAACACAUGUAUAUCAAUGGAUAUUGAAAAAAGCCUUUAUUUUUCAGUGGUUUACUGGGAAAAAAUGGUGCCCAGUGUUAGUAAUGCCAGAUCUGAUCUGUCCAAAAUGCUGUGCAUGAAAAUGAUAAAUUAGGUCAUUUAUUCCAGCAGUCUUUCACAUCGGUGCAAAGAGAGAAUGCCUCAGGAUGCGAGGUGUUUUGUUAAUAACUCAUUCCCAGUGUAGGACAGUGUACCUGAAACACUGAACAACCUUUGAUUGGCUGCUAAAACUUUAGCCAUAUUGAAAUAACCAUGGGCGACACUACACAUAAUCCGAUCCUGUUGAAUCCGUCUUUUUUUUAAGUCUUUAUAAGAAUUCCUUUUUAUAAGAAAUAUACAAGCUCAGAAAGCAUAGCUCAAAAGUAGAAGGUGCAUGCCUAGUGUGCAGAAAGUCUCUGGAUGUGUCUUUGGUAUCUCCAGUUCUACAAUAGCAAAAGGAAAAAGAAACAAAAAAGGAUUAGGUGAUAGAAAACAACCUGGUAUAAUUAUGUCUGCCCAUGCUUGGAUAACACAUACACUUACAAAUGAUUCUAUAUAGUAACUAGGAUUUGUGAGAUUUGACAUUGAAAUGUCCACAAUGAUCUCGAAUUGAUUUCUUUUGUAGGUAUUGUUAGAAGCCCAGAAAGAGUUGGUGAAUUACAAUGGACUUGGCAUUAGUGUUCUUGGUAAGGCAUUCUUACUUAUUCUUGAUGUCUUUUUAGCAUUUGGAGCUUUUAACUGUAUUUUUUAAUGAACACAACAAGGAAGAGCUACACAUUUAAAUGUAGGCAUUCCCAGUUUGAGAAUUAUCCUUUCUGAAAUAUCUCUCCAACUUUUAUCCCACCCUUGCACCAAUGAGCUCUGGAAAGCAGAUGUCUGAAGGGGCCAGGGGUGUUCAUUUUCUUCUCAAGAUUGCACAAUGUAGAAGGUUAAGCUUGAGAAACUGCAGUUGGCUCAGAGUCACCCAAUGAACUUCGUAGCUGAGCAGGACUUUAAACUUUGGUCUUCCUGAUCCACCUGCAACACUCCAGCUAUGGCUCUGCAACACCAGCUCUUGCUAUUUCCCUUUCACUUUCCAGUGAAGUGAACUGAGGAUCCAGCUACCUCUGCAGUUUCUACCCCCUAUGGUACUGAAACAAAAGCUGUCACCCUGGUCUAGCAGUUUCCUCAAGGGUGUAGGAGCUCUGAUGUACGUAGCUGUGCUGCCUGAAAAGAGUUCUCCAUUCAUUGCAGUGGAGGAAGCAGACAUUUGCACACAGUUCCUGUACCCACUGACCUUCUAUCUCCAGUGAAUAAAUGCGAAUUAAAAGAUGGCAGUUUUAUAAAGCCAAAUUUAUUUUAGUGAUACGGUUUGUAUUGUGUCAUUUCUGAUAUAUUUAUUUUGUUGCAGAAAUGAGCCACAGAUCAUCUGAUUUUUCAAAAAUUGUCAAAGCAGCUGAAAAGUCCUUGCGUGAACUCUUGUAAGUGAUCAUUUUUAUUCACAUUCUAAAAAGCCUUUAAUCUGAAGACAUAGUAACUGUAGUACAGUUCCCACUCCAUGUGUAUUUCUUUACAGUAAGUUCAUCAAAGUGUCUGUUUUAUUGAUAUGGACACAAGACCAAACACUUUGUGCUCCUGUUCUUAGAAUGAUUUGUUCUUAAAAGGUUGCCAGCAGGUUCGGUUAUUGCUUCUAAUAUUGUAUUGGCAAGUGCAAAAUACAUGUAAUACUUGCAACUGUAGCACAGAACCAUGGGUUAGAUGCAGAUAUGGAAUAUUUGCUCAAGUUUGCUCUGAAGAAGUCAAGAGUAGGCCUUCCUUUGUGGUGUUUUGCCAACGGCUGUCCAUGCUUGAAGACUGGAGCAUGUGAAGUGUCCGAGAUCCACAGGGCAGCCUAGAAUUCUGCCUAGUAUAUCUGGGAGCGGGCUUCAAGCGAUGCUUCACAGACUCCAAACAAGAAAUGUGCAAAGAGAUUAGGUACUUUUUUGCAUGUAUCUGAACUGGCUAUAAAUGUUGACUUCCGCAGUUCAUUCUGGAACAGCAUUCCUCCCUCUGCUAAAAUCUCUGUAAUAUUCCUCCCUCUGCUAAAAUUUGUUCAGCAGCACCAAGCACACGCCUAGUUGAUUAUCUGUAAUUUGCAUUGUCAUCAGUCAUCCAACCACAGCACAAGGCUUUCUUCUUCAUGUUGUAUUAAUCUGAUUGGUCCAGUAGCAGCAUUUAUAGAGCUUCUGGAACUUAACAACUUAGAAGCAUUUUUCUUAUUUUCUUUGGAAGCUGAAAUAUGUAGACUGUUAUAUCUAAUGCUUAUUAGUCUGACAGAGGGUUAUACUGAAAUACUGUGUAUCUGUUGAAAUACUGGAUAGUAACUGUUUACAAAUAAUGUAAAACAUCAUUUUAACAAAAAAGUUUCAUUGAUCUAUAACUGAUAUUUUCACCGGGGGUCUAAUUUGGAGAACAACAACUGUCAAAUAUUUUGAAUCCUGAACUGAUAGUAUUGUUUCAUUUUCCUGAUACUUCUUCGCACAGAAAAAUACCAGACAACUACAAAGUGAUUUUUCUCCAAGGAGGUGGAUCUGGACAAUUCAGUGGUGUCCCACUUAAUCUUAUUGGGCUAAAAGAAGCCAGGUGUGCUGAUUAUGUGGUUACAGGAGCUUGGUCAGCAAAAGCAGCCAAGGAAGCAGAGAAAUAUGCCAAAGUAAACCUUGUUCAUCCUAAACUCUCUAGUUAUACAAGUAAGUAAACUUGCAAACUUCAACGUUUGUGGAAGCUAAACUGUUGUAUGUGCAUUUUCUUUCCUGCUUGCUGUUUCUGUUAUUUAUAAAAACAAACUGUGAGUGUAAUAUUUACUACAAUCCUAAAGAGAAAUGGGUCCCAAAGUAUGAAAACUGGUUAUCUCAUUACCGAAAUGCAGCUAUUCUUAUGAUUUGGCCUGGAUAAGAAGCUUUUGCUGCUGCUUCCUAGCCCUUGACCUUGACCAUCUUUCUUAAUGGUCUUUUCAAAAACUGCCAAAUUUGCACUGUUGGUACCUUCAUGCAAAACUAACCGCCUCUGCACAUUGCUUUUAGGAGAGGCUAAAUCUGGCUAUUACACUCCCAUCUUGGCCUCCCCCCCCCUUCUGUGGGCACAUUACAUCAAAGUUAUUGGACCAUGUAUGGGUAAAAUUGUGCGUGGGAGAAAAAAGAAAACAAAAGUUUAGGAGCAUGGGAAAAUCAGUAGAGUGAGAGUGAGGAUCAAAGCAGAAAUGCAGUUUGACAAGAGUGCUGGCCUGGAAGUACCCAUGAUGAAAAAGAAUAGGGCAACUUGCUGUAUCUAUGAAACACAUCUUGAUCUACCCAUUCAACCAAAUGCAUGAUGAUAUUGUGUGUCUGCUGUGCAGUGCAUAAAUUAGGGUUCUGUCCCCGCUUUCAGAACAGCUUAUGAGACUGUGCAAACAUUAGGUAAAGGAAAGAGACCCCUGGACUGUUAUGUCCAGUCAAAGGCGACUAUGGGGUGUGGCGCUCAUUUUGCUUGUGAGAAUGAUGGGGAGGGUUUUUUUCAGUAAGCAGUGCAAGUAAAUGCGUGUCUACUUGCAAGCAAGCCCUACUGAAUUCAGUGGGGCUUACUCCCAGGAAAGUAGAAGUUAGCUUAGUUGAACUCAAUGGGGCUUCUGCAUGCACAUAUUCCACUUAGACCUCUGAGUGGGGAAGCAGAUGCAACUUGACUAGUAAAUCACUUAAAAUACUCUUAAAUUAGGGAUGCAGGUGAGCCUAGGGCUUGCUGAACGGAAGGUUGGUGGUUCGAAUCCCCACAACGGGGUGAGCUCCCGUUGCUUGGUCCCAGCUCCUGCCAACCUAGCAGUUCCAAAGCAUGUCAAAGUGCAAGUAUAGUCAUACCCCGGGUUACAGACGCUUCAGGUUGUGUUUUUUUGGGUUACAGACCCGCCGAAACCCGGAUGUACCAGAACAGGUUACUUCUGGGUUUCGGCGGUCGCGUAUGUGCAGAAGUGCCUAAUCGCAACCCACGCAUGCGCAGACACGGCGCUGCGGGUUUCGAAUGCUGCGGGUUACAAACGUGCCUCCUGCACGGAUCGCGUCUGCAACCUGCGUGUCUACUGUAGAUAAAUAGGUACCACUCCUGCGGGAAGGUAAACGGUGUGCGCUGCUCUGGUUUUGCCAGAAGCUACUUAGUCAUGCUGGCCACAUGACCCGGAAAAACUGCCUGCAGACAAAUGUCGGCUCCCUUGGCCAGUAAAGCGAGAUGAGCGCCGCAACCCCAGAGUCAUUCACAACUGGACUUAACUGUCAGGGAUCCUUUACCUUUUUUUUUAAAAAAAACACCUCUUAAAUUAGUUGAAAAUAUGUUAAAUAUAUUAUAUGGAAGUUUAUUUAAUAUUUUUAUUAGAUUUACUACUUCCUUAAAUAUUAAGGCCCUCCACCGCCACAGGGAGCCUUGUCAAGGUCCUCUGCUGCUGCAGUGAAGUGUGGCACACCCUCUGCCACCAUGGGGAGGUAGUAUGGGACCUUCUGCUGCGGGGGAGUGUAUCGCACCCUCUGCCACUGUGGAGAGGUACGGCGAACCCUCUCCCACCAUGGGGAGGCCUGGCAAGGCCCUCUGCUGCUGUGGGGAAGUGUGGCACACCCUCCACCACUGCAGGGAGGUUGAAAACCAGAUAUCGCCCAGCCCUAGUGCCUGGUUGGGGAAGCCUGAAUCUAAAGCACGACUGGUUAACCUGUGGCCUUCCAGCUGUUGUUGAACUACAAUUCUUACCAUUCAGAACCAUUUGUUGUGCUGUCUGGGGCUGAUGGGAAAUGUAGUUCUUGAUACAUGUGUAGCUUAUGCAUGUCACCAUGGGGAAAAUGUCUGUAGCAGCAACUUCUACACAGCCAUUUGCAAAUGCUGUGUUGGUGUUUGGGUGUGUGAGUAGCCUGUUAAGUUCACAAAAUACAUUGGCAUCAAUGAAGAUUAGCAUGCAUCAUGUAGAUCAGGGUGGACAACUUAUGGCUUACUAGAUUUGCUGGAUCCCAACUCCUAUUAGCCUCAGCCAGCAUACCAAUGGUCAGGGAUGAUGGAAAUCAUAGUCUAGCAGCGUCCGAAGGGCCACAGGUGCCUCACCUAACAACCUUAUUAUGCUACAAAAGAUUACAUUCUGGCUUGAAUGUUGAAAUGAUUUUGAAUGGUGGUCUGUUUUUAGCAUCUUGAAAGGACCUGGUAUCCUGUUUGUUUAACACACUCUACUACUUCCAUGAUGAGAAAGUGUGGUGGGUGUUUUUUUGAAAUGCCCAUUUCUCUUUUGUAGCCAUUCCAAUAAUGAAUUAACUUUGCUGGCAAAGCAAUAGAAAUUUGUUGAACCAGAGUUGCUUUCAAAAUUCAAUAUUUAAGGGAAAGUUGUAUCUCAUCGGACUUCUGAAUCUGCUGGCUGGGAAAUAGUUCCAUUGUUUGUCUCUCUCUUGUCUUACCUGCUUCAGAAAUUCCUGAUCCAAGCACUUGGAACCUUAACCCCGAUGCCUCUUAUGUCUACUAUUGUGCAAAUGAGACGGUUCAUGGAGUGGAGUUUGACUUUGUCCCUGAUGUUGGGAAGACAGUUUUAGUGUGUGAUAUGUCAUCCAAUUUCCUCUCCAGGCCGGUGGAUGUGUCUAAGGUAAAGUUCCAAAAGGGCAGUUUGUUCCUUUGCACAGAGUAACCUAAUAUCUCAAACUUGGUUUGCUCAAGCUGAUUCGUGUAAUGCUUUCACUCACUUGUUCAAUGAGCAUGACUAAAUUUGAUCCAUUAAUUUCAGUAGGUCUGCACUGAGUAAAACAUAUUUAGGAUCUCAUUGCAAGGUAUCACCUGAGAAGGACCUCCUGAGCGUAUUUCACUUUCAGUAUAUGCAUUGUUAAGUGAUUUAGCACGCUAAUGUUUCACAGCAGUGAUCUUUUCCUUUAUUUGUGUGUAUAGGAACAUUCACCAGUAUGUGUUCUGCUUAUACAGUCAUACCUCGGAAGUCAAACAGAAUCCGUUCAGGAAGUCCGUUAAACUUCUGAAAUGUUUGACUUCCAAAGCGCAGCUUACGAUUGGCUGCAGCAGCUUCCUGCAGCUAAUUGGAAACUGCGGAAGCCCCAUCAGACGUUCGGCUUCCAAAACCGGAACAGUCACUCCCAGGUUUCAGUCAUUUGGGAGCCAAAAUGUUCGACUCCCAAGGCGUUUGGGAGCCGAGGUAUGACUGUAAUGUACAAAUGAGUACAUGGAUUUAAUAUCCAUUUCCCCUUUCUUUUCUCCUCCCCACUUCCGAUGUCAAGUUUGGUGUAAUCUUUGCUGGUGCCCAGAAGAAUGCAGGCUGUGCUGGAGUUACAGUGGUUAUAGUACGUGAGGAUUUGAUUGGCUUUGCACUCAAAGAGUGCCCGACAGUCUUGGACUACAAAGUGCAAGUGGAGAACAGCUCUCUAUACAACACUCCUCCGUGCUUCAGGUAAUUUUGCCACAGUACAAUAUCCUUCAUUUUGCUAAUUACUCGGAAGUUUACUAUGCAGAGCAGAGGUUAGGAAUGUCCAGUCUGCGGGCUAAAUUAGGCCCACCAGGCCUCUCCAUUUGGCCCCCAAGGCCAUUUUGGCAAAGCCGUGCCCACCUGCCCUAUACUAGAUAAAGACAUGACUGGGCCAAGUGGAAGUUUGCAGACAUCUGCAAAUGGUGCGCAGUGCUUUGCAAACUCUGACAGUCAGCUGAUGAUUGCAUAGCGCCAUGCAUGGCGUUUUGCAAACCACAGUGAUCAGCUGAUUGCUGCUGAUUUGGUGUACAGUGCUAUGCAAAAACAGGUUAUCUAAUGUCAUUGUGAUGUCAGACUAUUGGACAGGUGGCUGUCCGAACCCACUGGAUAAGGGGGAUAAGGUUCCGCCCCAAGCUAUUCCAGAAAAUAAAGCUAUUCCAGAAAAUAAAUGUUAGUUGGUUAUGUCUCAGUGACAUAACCAAAUUUUCCCAGUGAAAUAAAAUGUCAGGGUGGUAUAAAUUUUAGCAGAGUUCCUGCUUUUCCUGAAUUGGUCCUCAGUAGGACUGACUACAGACUUGAAGAUACCCUUGACAUAAUGCUUUCUUUGGACUUCGUAUUCUGCUGGCAGAUAGGCUUACAUAGCAGUACUGGCUAAUUCAUUGUUGUGUCCUGGAUGUAGUGUCACAUUGUGGCCCUGUGCGAAAACUGCAAAGAUGGUCAUGGCAGUGCCAGGUCUGCUUCUGAUCAUGGUCUGAAUUGAGCGGAGAAAUUCUCUGCCCAUAGUUUCAGUCCUUUCCACUGCCUACGUGCAUCUCUUGACUUACCUGUUUCAAGCUGAACUGGCUCAGGUGAUUAUUUCCCCAGACCAAAAUCCCAACCAACAACCAUGCCUUUUCCAUUUUAAUUGUCAUCUAGGCAUCAUGGUUACUAAAUGGAAUUUAAUUAGCAGUUCUGGAUGCAAACAAGGCAAAACUGAUUAAAGGGUUACUCUGUGUGUUUCUGAAUUGCUGACAGCAGUGAAGUUGUGCUUUUGUUAGUAGGGUAAUUAGGAGUUAAUAGUUACUCAAGAGGUGAGUGAGUGUAUGUGUGACUACUGAACCAAAUACUCUUCAGAUCUACUGUGUGAGCACAUGAAUUAUGUGAAUGGAAAAUUUUAGUUAUGCAAGCAGUUCCUACAACUUCUUUCUGUAAUGGGUUAGGAGUGUAAAACAGGCAUUUCAUUUUUUUCAGGCAUUUAAAUCCCCGUUUCUAAAGGUCUGUUUCAACUUCAUAGGAUGUACUGAUGGAAAAAUGUUAUGAAUGUUACCUUGCAAGGUGGAGAAAAACCAUAUCAGAUGCAGGAGUUCAAACAGAUCUCUUAGUAUUUAGUUGUGCGGCAUGUGUCUACCACGUACAAUAGGCUGGUGCCCCCCCAACCCUUUUCCAUCACUAGAAGUCUCAUAAAGAUUUUAUUCACACAUGCCAAAAGUUACUUAUUCGAUAGUGAGUGUUGGCAGUGUUCUGGAAUGUAUGGAGUAUUUUAACUUUAUUUAUUUCAAAUAAUUUUAUAUUGCCCUUUAACUAAACAUUUUCAGGGGGGUUUACAACCCCAUCAGAAAAGCACCAUUUCCUUCUCCCUGACAAGCCCAACACAAACACUGCAAGGAUUUUAAAAUUUGGAAAUAUGGCUAUGCCACAUAACAUGAUUGGUUGUUUCUAUCUGGCUAAAUAGAAAAACCAAGAAAAGCUUCUCUGCGAAGACAAAAUGGGGUGUGGUGGAAGGGAAGAACACAUCAUUAUUGAUAAAGUACCCUAUUUGACCAGUGGUGAGUUUUGCAUCUAUUGGUCAUAUUUGGUGCCUAGUUUUAGUCCCUCCCCAUUACAUUAUUCUAGUAUCCUGAGUAUGGAGUGAAAGGUUUACAUGCAUGGAAAAUUAUUUCAAUUAAGAAAAACUGAAUUCUCCUUGAAGCCAUAACUGCUAAAUUAUCAGUAGCUUGCAUAAUAAUUGUAUACUGUAGUAGGGACAUAAAACUCAGGGCAGACAAUUGCAAACUUUUAAACUUCAUUUUUUCUUAUAUAUUUGUAAACUAGUUACCCAUUUUUUAUAACAUUCCAUAUUUACAGUGCUGUAAAAUUUGUAACCUGCAAGUUGGCUGGAUGUUGCUGCCUCAUGUUUGCUUCUUGAAAACACCAUGUGUCUUGCAAGAGAUUGACCAAACUCUCUUUCCUUUUUUCGGUAAUUCUGACUGUUUCUCUUUCUUCUCUGUGCAGCCGUUAGUUGGCUGGGGACCUGACCUGAAUGUCCAUGAGCUGCUGUAGUGAAGCACUGAAUUAAAUUAUUCCAAUGCGGAUCGUUUUAACCUCUUGCCAAAAGGAGUCUUGGCUUCCUGACAUUAAUCUGCUGCAUGAAGAUUAACAGUGCUUUCCCCCCCCCGGGGAGAAAUCGCAUUUCCUAGCUACAAGGAUUUCCUUGAUAUUCAAAUCUAUGACUAAACCUGCUUUGGGGGUGGCAUGGAAGCUUGCUAUGUGGCUUUUAAAGUGGGUCAGUCUAUUACGCCCCCUGCCCCCACUUAUUUAGUGAGUGUCUUUUUGUGGAUCAUAAAGGCUUAUGUGAAAUCCAGUACAGGAUAUAAUGAACCGGUACCAAACUAGCUCAUACAGGAAUUUUCUGAGUGUGGGACACUUUUGCAACAGGUGUGCAAAUAUAGAGAGAAAGAGUGAUGUGGAAAUGGAACAAAAUAGCUAAGGAGCAGGAAUGUUUUAUAUUUUAGGCUUAUUGCCUGCCAAAGACUUGUGCUGGUUUGUGUUGUGGCAUCAAAGUCUGUCCUUUUGUCUGGAAGGUGGAUUAAAGCCCCCAUACCAGCUUCAACACAAUUCACUCUCCACAUUGGAACACUGAUUUCUGGGCGUUCUCUGCUUCCUUAAUGCUCAUGGCUUUUGUGUAAUGUCCUGGAAAUGGGGCAUGUAUCUGAGUGACAAUACAGAUUUGUGUGAUUCUGGGACCAAUUCCAGGCACUGGCAUAAUGCAGCUUUACAAAUAAAAGGCCCACGAUCCUGCUUCCAAAGUAGUGACCAACCAGAAGGUCUCUGGAGAAGGCAGGCAGCUUAGAAGGACACUCCUGCGUGCCAACUGAGUAGGGUGAAUGAUGCUUUUCUGCACAUGGGACAGUAAAAGAUCAGAUGACUUGGGUGAGCACUGAGAGAUACAGUUGGCUCAGGCUAUUUGUUUACAAUAAACACUGUUGAUUUAGCAAUAAUUCAGCUUAGUUCAGUAGGAGCAACUUCCUAGUUAGCUGAGAAUCUGAGUUGGGAAUCUCUGCCUUGAAUUCACAAGGUAGUCUUGGGUCAACAUUUUAUCCCUCAGCUCCCCACCUGUAAUAUGGAGAUGAUGCUAUUCAUCUUCCUUGCAUUCAAAAUGGCAAUCCUUACAAACAACACUGUAAUGUACUUUUAACAGUCUUGAGCACUAUUUGAAUGCUUAAUAUUUAUAGUAGUUAUAGUAAGUAUGUCUAGGAUUAUGGCUAUUAGCUUUUUACAAGCAGUUUAGUAUGCAAAGUGACAUCCAUGGGAAAUACCUGUGAUCAAGCAGAAUUCUCUCUUUGUAGCUAAAAUCACGGACAAUGCUUUGCAUUCUGAUUUUCAUUCAGUAGCUGUCUUUGGAAAAGUUUGUCAAUGGUUACAUGAAAGCAGCAGGACAGUAUUGUUCUUACUGGCUGUUGCAAAAAAGAACAGCUCAAGGUGUAAAGGUUUAAGUUAUUUUAAAUAGGAAAUAGGUUUGAUGAAAAUGUUAAUGCUGUCAUAUCAACAGGAGGCCAAUGCCAGCAAUAUCUUUCGCAAGUUUGAAUGGCUUCUCUGCCACUUGAGCCAAGAUCCUUUAAUUUGACCAGUAUUUCACAACUGGAUCUCUUGUUGGUUAGACCAUAAUUUCAGCAGUCAUGACAGGGCCUAUACAGAUGAAGAAACAAUGGGAAUUUUCAAUUUUGCCCUAGCAUUAUAUCUGCAACCUCCAAUUGUCUCUACGGUAUUGUGUUUCCAGAGCACUGUUAACCAGCAGCUAGAUUCUAACUAGAAUACAAAGUAUUAUAUAGGAAGUUCUCUUGCUUUGGCUGACAGGUUUCACUUGCCGUAAAAUGAUGCUUUGCCUUUUUGCAUGUGAUUUGGCUUGCUUGCUUGCGCCAUUUGAAACCGGAUGCCUGCUGACACCUUGGCAUGACACACGCCUGGUCUUCAUGGGGCAUACCAAUUUAGAUUAGGUACUGGGUGCAUUUGUGAGAUUAUGCAUUGGGGACAGAUGACUCUGUCUCUUCCCUGUCCCCCAACACACUCUCUUAUUGGUUUUACUUCUCUUCUAUACCAUGUAAGCAACCCUUGCUGUUUUUGUUAUUGAGACAUGAACAUAGCAUUGCAAAUAAUUGGUGCCUCUUCUCUUUUUGAUUCCAGUAUCUAUAUCACAGGCUUGGUCCUGGAUUGGGUAAGAAACAAUGGCGGAGCUGCAGCUAUGGAUAAGCUUAGCCAAAUGAAGUCACAGAUGAUUUAUGAUAUUAUUGAUGGAUCCAGUGGAUUUUACGUGUAAGUUGUCCUGACUUUUACCAUUGUUACUGUACAUUACUAUCUCAGAGGACUUCGUCUAUAUAGGACUUUAGCAAAUCUUCCACACAAGCACAUGCGGAAAACUAGCGUUUCAGUGAAAAAUCUUGUAGCCUUGCUUUCUCCCAGGAGCGGCAGCUUCUGGGUGUGUGUGUGCAUAUUGCGAGAGGACUAUGCCAGGCUAGAAAUCACAUGCUUUGAUGGUACGUUAUCUGUAAUGUUCUAGUUAUAGGUAAGUAGCCGUGCUGUUGAAACAAAAUAAAAAAAAUUCCUUCCAGUAGCACCUUGGAGACCAGCUAACUUUGUUAUUGGUAUGAGUUUUCGUGUGCAUCUGAAGAAGUGUGCAUGCACACACAAAAGCUCAUACCAAUAACAAACUUAGUUGGUCUCCAAGGUGCUACUGGAAGGAUUUUUUUUUAUUUUAUCUGUAAUGUGUUUACCUUCAUCCUACCCAUUUCAUAACUUCUAGCUUGUUAGUUCCAUUUAAGUGAGAUUAUAGCCAGGAGAAACUUAUUUUCCCCCAUGGCAGCUAAUACAAUUUUGGCUUUAGCCGGCGAGCUGUUUAGGAAUUCACAACAAAAAUUGUGGCCAUUAUGAUGAUGCAAUUGAGCUGUAUGCAUCUUAUCAGUAUGUAUGUACUGCUGUAUUUUGUGCCAUGCUUUUUGACUGGAGGCUGUUUACCUGUGAAAUGCCACCUAAGCAACGAAGUGCCUUACUGGACAGAGCAAAAUGUGAACAGCUUUUCAGUGCGCCAAGAAUCUGAUUUCAUCAUGCAAACUUGCUACAGUCUGUUUGCAUUGCGUGUCUCUGCUGUAUGCUGGUGUGAAACAGUGAAAUUGUUUUUUAAAUGUACAGUGCCUGCUUAUUGACUCCUUUCAACCCCAACCAGAAGUGGCCUAAAUUAUUUAAUACCCAUUCUCCUUUUCAAGUGUGAAUGGAUAGCAGUGCUUUGUUAUCAAAUUGUGGCAAUUGGUUUUUAUGCAUGUAGAUGGCUUAGAAGCCUAUUUGGGCAUUCAGUGAUAUAUAAACUAAAUAAUAAUAAUAACAAUAUCACAUGGGCUUCAGAGUUCUUGUGGUUGAGAUUGUGCUGAAUCAGUUGAGCCAACUGCAGGGUUGCAUGUGGCUUCUUGGUAAUUGUAGCUGCAAAUCUCUUGUUGAAUUUCUUCUGGAUUUGAUGAGAAUUAGGUGGAAGACAAGUGUAAUAUAAAAUGAUUUGCAGCACGUUCUCCUUCCAGUCAAGCAAAAGAGUCCUUCAGCCUUGCCUCUUGCCACUCUCUCCCCUGUGCGGUGCUGCUGCCUUUUUGUACAUCUGGGAAAAACAAAAGCUUCAUUGGCUUUCCCCAGCUAGAGGAGCCUGUAGUGGAAAAGUACAUUUCUUGUGCUUAAAAAAAUGUUUAUUUCAUAAAAUUUUAUAUACCACUUGUUUGUAGAAAACAGCAAAGCAGUUUAAUUUUGAAAGGCAACCUGCCAGCUCCAUGUAUUAUUUCCCCUUGGUGCUUAUUUAAAAGUUGUUCAGACACAAACAUACUCACACAUGAUUCAAGCAUCUUUGGCAGGUGUGUUGAAGAUCUUCACACAUGGGGACACAUAGUCUUCUCACAUGCCAAAUGAACACCUGCCAAGUGUCCAGGAGGAGGGGCAUGGCUGUUGCCCACGAUGGGGCGUGGCUAGCCUUUGCAGACGCCUCCAUGCAUUCUUUCAGCAUAAAGCGAUGAGGUCAUCUGACACUUCCCCAUGUAAUUUCCGUGUAAUUAUAUUUCAGGUAGCCCUUUAGAGUUUGCAAGCAGAACUGAUUUCUGUGGCUGACAAAAGAUUAUGUCACUUAGAAACAUAGGAUGGUAGUCAAUUAAGUUUUACUCCGAGUAGACGUCCAAAAAUGAAUGAACACGGCUAUGUUAGGCCCAUUAAUUUCAAUAGGUCUGUUCUGAGUAAAACUUAGUGGAAUACCACCUACAAUUUAGUUCAUUAAUAUGUACUCAUUUGAUAACAAGCCAAAAUAUGGCUGUAAUCAUAUUUAUGUGAAAUUUUCAGGUGUCCUGUGGAGAAGAAGAGCAGGAGCAGAAUGAAUGUUCCUUUCCGGAUUGGCAGCAUUAAGGGCGAUGAGGCCCUGGAAAAGAAAUUCCUUGAUCAAGCUAUAGAAAACAACAUGCUAUCCCUGAAAGGGCAUAGGUAAGAGAGAAGUCUGUGGAGAAGCUUUGACUGAGGUUGAGUUACAAUGUGACGGAAGGAGCAGUAGGAAUUGAACACACAAAAAUGAGAGGCAUUGUCAUUUCUCAGAACUGUGAGAAAAAAAUACAGGUUGUAUUAGUGCUGAAGCUUAGCUGUGCUUCAGUGUUGUCUGAAAAAUCCCUUAUAUGUGUGACUGCACAAUUUUAUAGAUAUUUUUUCAGUUUUUAAAAACUGAAAAGCCGUGUGAUAACCAAACCAAUUUUUAUUUAAGUUUCAGUUUAGAGUCUGGAUGCCCAAAUUGUCAAUGAAUUAAGAGUCCAUGGGCAGAAAUGCCUUAUUUGUGUAUGAUAUUUAUAGUAAAUAUUUGACUAAGGUGAUAAGUACUGUCACCAUUUCCCCAAUCUGCUACUACUUAAGCACCAUAUUUUGGCCAUUGGUCAUCUACCAAUCUAGUCCAGGGUUUCAGAUGGAAGACUUCCCCAGCCCCAUCUGGAGACACAGGGAAUUGAACCUGCAACCUGCUGCCUGCAAAACAUAUGCUUUACCUCUGAGUUAGGGCCCUUGGCUUCUUGGCCUUUGAGUGAUGCCUACCAGCCAGGAAUCACGUAAUACUGUGCUAUGUGGUCACCUGGAUUUGGCUAUCAUGCUCAUGUUCUGCUUCCUGGUUUCCCUCAAGCAUCUGGUUGACCAUUGUGUAUGCUGGACUUGAUGGGCCAUGGGCCUGAUCCAGCAAGCUAUUACAUUUCGUAGACCCUUCCAUUUUGUUUUGCAGAAAAGCUCAAAUGCUGAUAUAAAUGUUUCUGAAAAUUUAGCUUCCUUCCAGCUCAGCCCUAAUUAUUACAUAAAUGAAGUUCUAUUCUUUCACAGUCCUGAGAAAAUACAGUAUCUUGAUCAUUCCUUUUAGUUCACUGUUGGAGUUGUAUCUCCCCACCCCUGUUUUGUACUGGUGCUGGUCUUCCUUCCUCCCACUUUCCUCUUGGCAUCUGGUGUGGUGAUGCUUGCAAGGUGAUGCUUCAAAAUAAAUCUGUCACUCUGGUCUAAUUAUUGCUCCCCUCACACAAUCUCAAACUCACAGUUCUUCUGUUCAUGCACUCUUGGAAGAACAGAACGAAGAGACUUCUUUUCAGUUUGUAUGCAUCUAAAGCAUUGCUAGCUAAAGCAUUGCUGUCUUUAGAAACGAUCCAUUAUUCUCAACAAGAUGUGCAUGCCUCUUGUUAGCACACACCAGCCUUCCCCAUCCACAUGUUAUUGGACUCCAGCUCCCAUCAGCCAGCUGCCAAUGUGGCCAGUGGACAAAAAUGGUGGGAAUUAUGGUCCAGCAGCAUCUGGAAGCACCAGGUUGGUAUAAAUUGAGGGUGGGCAACCUCUAGGCCUGGAGACCAAAUGUGGCCCUCAAGUAUUAAAGGUUUUAUGAUCUCUGGCUUAUAAAUCCAGUGGUCUAGCAACACUUCCACUUGUAAAAGGUAAAGGACCCCUGGAUGCUUAAGUCCAAUCAAAGGUGACUAUGGGGUGCGGUGCUCAUCUCGCUUUUCAGGCCGAGGGAGCCAGCGUUUGUCCACAGACAGCUUUCCAGGUCAUGUGGCCAGCAGGACUAAACCACUACUGGCACGCAGAGUGCCAGAGUGCACAGAAAUGCCAUUUACUUUCCCGCCGCAGCAGUACCAAUUUAUCUACUUGCACUGGUAUGCUUUCAAACUGCUAGGUUGGCAAAAGGUGGGACAGAGCCCAAGAGGCUCCCUCGGCCUGAAAAGCGACCACAGUGCCACCUGCGUCCCCUCACUUCCGCAUGUGCCAGCCUUUAAACCAGCAGAGAAAACAACGCAGCUCCUUCCCUGGAAGCACAUUGAGGGUUGGUUGCACAUAAGAGGCAAUAAAAUACUCAUGGAAGCAAUAAAAAAAAAUAAGUGAAGUAAGUCCAAACAAGAGUCUCUGUGCUUUGCAUGUUGCCGGUAAGAGAAGAAAAAGCAAGACUGGUUAAAACCAGCUCUCUGGGUCUCCUGUAGGAACUGCACAUGUCCAGAAAUAAGUUAUCACAGUCAGUAUCUGCUUUGGUAGGCUAAACAAUUAGGGAUGCGGGUGGCGCUGUGGGUUAAACCACAGAGCCUAGGACUUGCCAAUCAGAAGGUCGGCGGUUUGAAUCCCUGCAAUGGGGUGAGCUCCCGUUGCUCGGUCCCUGCUCCUGCCAACCUAGCAGUUCGAAAGCUCAUCAAAGUGCAAGUAGAUAAAUAGGUACUGCUCCGGUGGGAAGGUAAAUGGCGUUUCCUUUCGCUGCUCUGGUUCGCCAGAAGCAGCUUGGUCAUGCUGGCCACAUGACCUGGAAGCUGUCUGUGGACAAAUGCCGGCUCCCUUGGCCAGUAAAGCGAGAUGAGCGCCGCAACCCCAGAGUUGGUCACGACUGGACCUAAUGAUCAGGGGUCACUUUACCUUUACCUUAGACUAAACAAUCUGUGAAAACUGCUUUUUGAAUCUUCUUUCUGUUUCUGGAAAUGAAUGGCUCUCAGUCAUUCACCCCAGCAUCCAGGUCUCUCUAUCUGCCCCUCAGGAAUUACCACUCCACAUUUGGUCUUUAGCUGCCACACCGCCUUUCCAGGUCAUGUUCGUCCCUGAUUCACAACUUCAUUGAGUGCUUUUGCCUUGCCAGAAUGUUCCCUUGUACUCUGAUAAGACCUCUUGCUUGCGUAGUGGAGGACAGAGUGGGGUGUGUGUAGAAACCAGCCUGCUGUUCAGAGGUAGAAGGUACACUGGAGGCUCCGCCCACUUUUGCCUCUGGCCUUGCUCACCACUGGCGUCUUUUCCCAAAAAGGCUUGCCCAGAAAGGAAUGCAGCCUUUGGGCUGAAAGAGGUUACUUUCCCCUUGAUAUAAAUGAAUGUUCUGGACUACGAAAAGAAUAUAGUGCACUGGUGAAACUGGGGGACGCUCCAAAUGUACCGUUUCCCUGCAUUUCCCCUUAUUCUUUCAGAUCUGUGGGAGGAAUCCGUGCUUCUUUGUAUAAUGCUGUGACAAGAGAAGACGUUCAGAAGUUAGCAACAUUCAUGAAGAGCUUCAUGGAGAGGCAUCGGUCAUGAACUCGAAUUAAUUAGUGUUGCCCCUCUUGGAAAUAAAAGUGUAAUGAAUUGGAAGCUGGUGGAAAUAUUCUAUAUACUAAAACUUUCAAUACCACAGUCAAAUUUUGGAAACCAAUAAAAAUCCCAGUGUCUCUUGCAUCUGCCCAAUAUUCAAAGCGGUUUUGGCUGUAGAAGAUCCAGGCUUGCUUAUCCCUGCACUUUGAGAAUUGACCCCAGUGUUUUAUCACAGUCCCUAGAGGUAUGCAGUUCAUUUGGUUUUUUAAAGUGGGUAGGUAGGGAGAUAAUUCAGCAGCCUGAAAUAAAAUGUACUGAGGAUAGAGGUAAAAACAUAGAAAAUACAUUUUGGGGGGUUACAAUCAAAUAAUAGAUUUUAUUCUAAUUGCCCCUGCUAAAAACCUUGCAGUUCUUGCUGCCACCUUAUCAUCUUGAUCUGCUAAAAGAAAUGACACAGUAGCAAUGGUUGAGCGACCUUGGCAGGGACAACAAUAGAGGGGUGGUGGGUUAGAGGGGUUGUGGAGAUUAGUACUGCAUACAUGGCAACUCCCUGAAAUUGUUGCUCUCAGUGUAAGGGAUCUGACAAACAAUCCCAUCUUACGUAAAAUAUUUCCCCUGGUGCCUGUUUGUUACAUUUUCCUGAGGUUAGUCUCCUCCUUAAGAGUGCUAUGUGCUUAGUAUGGUAAGCAAAGUUAAAUACAGUGGUACCUCUGGUUACGAAUGGGAUCAGUUCCGGAGGCCUGGCCGUAUCCCAAAAAUUUCGUAACCGGAGGACCCCUUCUACGCACACGUGCGGCGCCACUGAGCGUUUCUGCAUUUGCCGCGGCCGUAACCCAAAGAUUCCGUAACCUGGAGGUUACACAACAUGAGGUACCACUGUAUUUAGAUAACAUUCAAUGGGAACAGAUUUUAUAUGUUUAAUAAUUCCAAGUACGCCUCACUAGUGCCUAAGGGAAUUACUCGCAGUCAUCCUUUGUUAACAUCAGGCCUUAGUUUUUGAAGCAGGAAGCCUGUUAAGUUCUGCCGACUUUGGAAUUGUUAAACGCACACUUAACUAUACUGUCAUGCAGUUCCAUCCUCUGCUUUUAAAAUACUGAACUACUUCUGACUUAAAGACAUUUACAUUUGGCACCCUUCCAUUUUACAGCACAGAAACCAAAAUCACUUUCUUUCCCUAUGCCCUCCUGCCUGUUUUGAAACCAAUACAGUGGUGCCUCGCAAGACGAAAUUAAUCCGUUCCGCGAGAGUCUUCGUCUAGCGGUUUUUUCGUCUUGCGAAGCAACCCUAUUAGCGGCUUAACGGAUUAGCGCUAUUAGCGGUUUAGCGGCUAUUAAAGGCUUAAAGGCUUAGCGGAUUAGCUGCUAAAAGGCUAUUAAAGGCUAUUAAAGGCUUAGCGGAUUAGAUAAAGGGGGGGAAAAGCGAAAAAAAAAUCUCAAGACUCGCAAGACAUUUUCGUCUUGCGAAGCAAGCCCAUAGGGAAAUUCGUCCUGCGAAGCAACUCAAAAACGGAAAACCCUUUCGUCUAGCGGGUUUUCCGUCUUGCGAGGCAUUCGUCUUGCGGGGCACCACUGUAUUGCCUUCAUGUUCACAAGAUCCCACACAAUUCCCCCCAAUGAACGUUUUUGUUCAGGGGCCAUGUCACACCCUUUGUGCCUUCUUGAAAGAUGCACUCGCAGCAGAAGGAGGCCUUGCCUGUUCAGGAACCUAGGAAGCUUCCUUUCCUGAGCCAGACCAUUGCUCCCUCCAGCUCAGCAUUGUCUGCACUUUCUGGCAACAGGUCUCUGGAGUCUCAGGCAGUCUCAGCCCUACAGGGACAUGCUGGGGUUUGAACCUGGGACCUUCUGCAAGCCAAGCACAUGCUCUUCCACUGAGCCAUGACCUCACCCCCUUGCUCAUCAUACAUAAUUCUGUUGUGUGUUUUUUUAAUUACCUGUACAGAGAUUGUGUCCAUGUAGGACACAACUGUUGUGUAUGAAAUGGCCAACACUCUUAACUUGUAAAAGGAAGGUUUAGUUUAUUGUCCCCUUGCAUUCUAUUUUCUGUUCACACUCUGGUAUAACUUACCCAUCUGCCCAAUAAUGUUUCCCUUAAAAAUAAAUUUUAACCAAAACUGUUUAUUUCUCAAAGACUACAUUCAUUAGAUCGUGGCAUUUUUUUAAAAAAAGUUCCUUUAGCUGUUUGUUUUUAAUGAAAUAACAUUGUUGAUAGAAUUUGGCCACCUGAUCAGUUCGUUUCUCAAGAUUGGAUUUCUUAGCCACGGAGACAGUUAUCAAUUUCUUGUACAAUUUCAUGUGCACUUUAAUAAAAUCAUCAUCAUAAUAUUAAGAACAACCCUUUUCCUGGAGUUUUUACUUUAAAAGUAUGUGGGUCAAAAUAGAAGAAAGUGUCCUCCCUGCUUUGUUUAAAAUAACCAAGUUUUUCUUUGUGUAUACUAGAUUGAAAAAUAAUAAAAGUCUUUUAAAGUAUCA